CGCAGGCUUUCCUUCAGAUCCCUCUGUGAUGCUACUGUUUGCAGUGAUGCUUGGAGGGCAGGCACCUGCUGCUCUGUAAUGAUUCAGCCUCUUUCAGCCGUCGCGUUAACACAACAGGAUGCUGUUGCUACUGUCACUGCUGCCUCUCCUGCCGCCGCCGCUGCUGCCGCCGCCGCUGGUCCUGCUUUUGCUUUUACUUCUCCUGCAUGACACUUGUUUUCUUCAUCUAAGCAGACACCAGCUUCAGAUACUUGAGGUGAGAAACAUGCCUUUCAGUUUGGGCUACUGGUUUACUUAAUUAGCCAGC